CACCGUUACAACCGUAGUUCCUGUACAUCUGUCAAAAAACCCAUCCCCCACGAUAUUCCAUCCGCCCACAACCAGCGAAACAACAAUCCCUCUCACGCCCCCACGUCCACGUUUCGAUCAACAUAACAAGCUUUCAGCGCCCCCCACCGCAGCCGUUCAAAAUUCCUUCCCUUCUCAUCCCCCGCACCGUCCCUACCGGCAACAUGUCGGACGCUGCCCGGCGACGCCGUUCCAGCUCGAUAAUAUAUACGGAACCCCCGGAGACCAUUGAGCAACGGUCCGAUCAAGCCGCGCUUCCCAACCUGAACGCGAGCUGGGUCAACUCCAAAGGUGCCUGGACUAUCCACAUUGUCAUCAUCGUAUGCCUCAAGAUCUUUUACGACUCGGUUCCGGGAGUAUCACAGGAGACGAGUUGGACGCUGACCAACAUCUCCUAUAUGUUUGGUUCGUACAUCAUGUUCCACUGGGUUCACGGAAUACCAUUCGAGUUCAACGCCGGAGCGUACGACAACCAGAACAUGUGGGAGCAGAUUGAUAACGGUGACCAAUACACGCCGACAAAGAAGUUCCUUCUGUCGGUCCCAAUAGUAUUAUUCUUGAUGAGCACGCAUUACACACAUUACGACCUCACGUACUUCACCAUUAACUGUCUGGCCGUCCUAGGAGUUGUGAUUCCGAAAUUGCCAUGGACCCACCGUAUGCGCAUCGGCCUCUUCUCAGAUCCGGAAGAGUAAUGUAUUCGGCCGAGGUCUGAUUUUCCUACAGUGUUCUUUUUGGCUUUGGCAGCAGGGGUAACAAGCGAAAGAAAAAAUUCCCCGUUAUUCUCAUCUUCUCUAAAAUCCGGCGUUUAUUCUCUCUGAAUCCCCCUCACUCCCUCAAUGUGUGUUUGUGUGUGUGUCUGUGUGCAUGUGAUCUCCUUUUCUG